ACUGCAUCUGAACUUGGUGGACAACGGGGCUGCCAGCAGUUGAGCUGAAUUCCGUUGCCUCGUCCCGGUGGGAGAGUGUUGGACGUGGAGCAGCCUGUGGCCGGAAUCAUGCCUGCCCUGUCGACCGGCUCGGGGGGUGACACAGGUCUGUUCGAGCUGCUGGCUGCCCUGCCAGCGCAGCUGCAGCCCCACGUGGACAGCCAGGAAGACCUGACCUUUCUCUGGGAUAUGUUCGGCGAAAAAAGCCUGCAUUCACUGGUCAAGAUUCAUGAAAAGCUGCACUACUACGAGAAGCAGAGCCCCGCCCCUGUCCUCCACAGCGCAGCAGCCUUGGCAGAUGAUCUGGCCGAAGAGCUUCAGACCAAGCCAUCAAGUGGUGAGAUCAGAGAGCUGUUGAAACUGCUGUCCAAACCCAACGUAAAGGCUUUGCUUUCCGUGCAUGACACUGUGGCGCAGAAGAAUUAUGACCCCGUGUUGCCUCCGAUGCCUGACGAUAUUGAUGAUGAUGAAGACUCAGUAAAAAUCAUCCGUCUCGUCAAAAACAGAGAACCACUGGGAGCUACCAUCAAGAAGGAUGAGCAUACCGGUGCCAUCAUUGUGGCUAGAAUCAUGAGAGGUGGCGCUGCAGACAGAAGCGGUCUUAUUCACGUCGGUGAUGAACUUCGGGAAGUGAAUGGGAUCCCAGUAGAGGAUAAAAGGCCGGAGGAAAUAAUACAGAUUUUGGCUCAGUCUCAGGGGGCAAUCACAUUUAAGAUUAUACCCAGCAUCAAAGAGGAGACCCCAUCUAAAGAAGGCAAGGUGUUCAUCAAAGCCCUCUUCGACUAUGACCCUACUGAGGACAGAGCAAUUCCAUGUAGAGAAGCCGGGCUUGCUUUCAGGAAAGGAGACAUCCUUCAGAUUAUGAGCCAGGAUGAUGCAACCUGGUGGCAGGCGAAGCACGAAGGGGAUGCCAACCCCAGGGCAGGCCUGAUUCCCUCCAAGCAUUUCCAGGAAAGGAGAUUGGCCGUGAGACGACCAGCAAUAUUAGUGCAGCCCUUGAAAGUUUCCAACAGGAAAUCAUAUGAGGAAGCAGUUGAGUGUGAGGAAAUCGAAGAAGAUGCUGACUAUGCUGGUAACAACAGUGGAGCCUCUAUAGCUGGUUUUCGAAGAAGCUUCCGUCUUAGUAGGAAGGAUAAGAAGACCAAUAAGUCCAUGUAUGAAUGCAAGAAGAGUGACCAGUAUGACACAGCUGAUGUGCCCACCUACGAGGAAGUGACCCCAUACCAGCGGCAGACCAAUGAGAAAUACAGACUUGUGGUCUUGGUUGGCCCUGUAGGAGUAGGGUUGAAUGAACUGAAACGAAAGCUGCUGAUCAGCGACACGCAACACUACGGGGUGACCGUGCCACACACAACCAGGGCCCGGAGAAGCCAGGAGAGUGACGGCGUGGAAUAUAUUUUCAUUUCCAAGCACUUGUUUGAGACAGACGUGCAAAAUAACAAGUUCAUUGAAUAUGGUGAAUAUAAAAACAACUACUAUGGCACCAGCAUUGACUCGGUUCGGUCUGUGCUUGCUAGAAACAAAGUCUGUCUAUUGGAUGUUCAGCCUCACACAGUGAAGCAUUUAAGAACACUAGAAUUUAAGCCUUUUGUGAUAUUUAUAAAGCCUCCGUCAAUAGAACGUCUGAGAGAGACAAGAAAAAACGCCAAGAUGAUUUCAAGCAGAGACGACCAAGGAGCGGCCAAACCCUUCACAGAAGAAGACUUUCAAGAAAUGAUCCAGUCUGCACAGAUCAUGGAAAACCAGUAUGGCCACCUUUUUGACAAGACCAUCGUAAACGAUGAUCUCACCGUGGCCUUCCAUGAGCUGAAGACGACGUUUGACAGAUUGGAAACUGAUGCCCACUGGGUUCCAGUGAGCUGGCUGCAUUCGUGACUCAGGAAGAAGCUCCCAGCCCGCUUUUUUAUAGACUGCAUGAUUAGUAUGGAUUCAGUUACCAUUUGGGUGGCAGGGUUUUUAAAUCUACAUCACUGUCAUAAAUGUACAAUAUUGUGAACAUGGUUGUAUCCUUUUACAGCCUUAUUUCAAACACAACGUGUGAGUAAUAAGACACACACAGUGCUGUCUGUUAAGCAAAGCUGGGAGCCGUCUGCUUCUCUCUAGUGCAGCUCCGGCUCCGAGCUGAGUGCCCUAAAGAGAAAGCGCUAGGCAGCAGAGAGAGGAGUUUGGUGCUUCAGUUGUCUCAGGGUGAGGGGUGGGGGGUGUCACCGCCAGCCAGUUUCCGUGUUAGCAGUUGAGGGUAUUGCUAGCACCAGACAGGACAGUGUCUCAGUGUUCUCAGGCAGCCAUCACAGAUAUAACUGGUCUGGCAGUAAACAAAGGUCCCCUUGCUGAAAGUGUCAGCCUUUGCUUACGGAUGCUCAACAUGGCCACAAUGUGUGCAUUGAAAAGUCAUUCUUAAACUACUGAAACGUUGCCGGGAUUUUAAGUAGCCUUCAUGUUAUAUAUAGUCUAAGAAGUCCUUAUGAGUAUGUUUUGGCAGCUCAGUGCAUCUUUAAUAUGGGAAGAUAGACACUAAAAAGCUCUUAAGUGUGUGACUUUUAAAACCUCUCUCUGUGGUAUCAAUCACAUUAAGCAAGGUGGUGUCUUAGGGUUAGGUAAUGAUCACAAAGGUAAUUUUUAUCUGUAAAUCCUCACAAGUCACUUUUCCCAGUAAAUAUAAAAAAAUGUGAUUCAUAUCCUAAGAGUAGACACUAGACACAACACUGAUGUACAGUUAACGAAAACACAGCCAUUUAAAAAAUAGCUAUUGGGCACCAGGCAUACCAUUAAGGUGUGAUUUUGAAAACUUUUCUUGUAAUCUUAACUUAUUUAUCUAUAAAGUGAUUCCUAAAUAAAUAAAUAAUAAAGUAAUUCUUAACCCUGGCCCAAGUACCAUCCCCACCUCACCAUUUGUAAAGAAGUCUGAGAAAGAAGAUUCUAUUGUAAAUAUUUUCAGUGGGGGCUCUCAUUCUCCAUGAUACUGCUGGUCUCCAGCAGUGAAAUAACUAGAGUUCUCGGAAUACUAGACACAUCCACAAGACGUGUAGGGGAACAUGCCCUGCAGUGCUUGCAUGCUAAGACACAGCCAAUCGAAGAUCAGUGCGCUUGUGAAUGUAAGAGAGGGGGAAGAGGUAUUAUUUUUGGUUGAUUUGUAAAGAGAGUUAUAGAUGUCAUGCUUACUUAAAGAAAAAUAGGAUUUAGUGAAAUUUUAUAUAUUUAUGAACUAUUUGAAAGGCAUAUUUUUAAAAUUACCAAGUGGGGCUAUUCCUGAGAUAUAUCAAUGAUAUGUAAAGGUGUCAUAACUAUAAAUCAGGGUCAACAUUCCAUGUAAAUAUUUGGCCUUGGUUUGUUCUCAGACAGAUGUGCAUCUGAGUCAUGUCUGUGCUGCACAACUGAGGGCAUCAUUCACUGGUCUUCUUCAGUUGAGUCCAAUCCUGUAUUAGAAACAGAAACAAAAUCACUCCGGUGACCUUCCCACAGUCUGACCAUCAGCGUUAGACAAUUAGGCCAAACAUUGCCUACCGGUGUAAUCCAAACAGUGAGUUUUAAGUUUAUUAAUUAGCAAGCAAUUUAGCUUUAAGAGAGAGAGAGAGAGAGAGAGAGAUUAGGGUUGCCAAAUCUGACUGAGUAUUACUUUAAAAUUGUAAGGCUGGUCCGAGAAUUACGAAUCCUAAGUAGUUGGUUUGUGUCCCUUAGUCUCCUCUCAAUACUGACCUGAGAUCCUGUACUAAGGAUAAUGGGAAAUGUAUAACAAGUUAGGCAAUAACGUAGGCAAUCCUAAUUCUUUGUUGAGAGGUAAUGACGUCUGUAUUUUUUUCAUUUUGCCAGCAAAUCGCCUCAGUUCUCCACUGUCGAGGUAAAUGCAGCUCAAGGGGGUUGGGGGUUGGGGGUGG